AUGCGUUUCCCUCGUGCUCAAGGUGACCUUGGCUGCACCGCCCGUUUGAGCAGCAGCAGCCGCAUACGUACCUGUGAGCCAACCCGCCCCCCGAGCGCCCGCUCCUCUGCGGCGCUGGCGCUGUUCACCUGCCGGCCACCGCCAUCCCCAGCAGCGCUCCGGGCUCACACGGCUCACCGGGGCUCCCUCGGCAGCGCUCCGGGCUCCGGCCCCGGUCCGUGCCCAGCGCUGCCCGGCUCCGGGCCCCUCCGCUGCCCUCACAGCCCUCACACCGCCGCGGGGUCCGUGCCCAGCGCUGCCCGGCUCCGGGCCCCUCCGCUGCCCUCACAGCCCUCACACCGCCGCGGGGUCCGUGCCCAGCGCUGCCCGGCUCCGGGCCCCUCCGCUGCCCUCACAGCCCUCACACCGCCGCGGGGUCCGUGCCCAGCGCUGCCCGGCUCCGGGCCCCUCCGCUGCCCUCACAGCCCUCACACCGCCGCGGGGUCCGUGCCCAGCGCUGCCCGGCUCCGGGCCCCUCCGCUGCCCUCACAGCCCUCACACCGCCGCGGGGUCCGUGCCCAGCGCUGCCCGGCUCCGGGCCCCUCCGCUGCCCUCACAGCCCUCACACCGCCGCGGGGUCCGUGCCCAGCGCUGCCCGGCUCCGGGCCCCUCCGCUGCCCUCACAGCCCUCACACCGCCGCGGGGUCCGUGCCCAGCGCUGCCCGGCUCCGGGCCCCUCCGCUGCCCUCACAGCCCUCACACCGCCGCGGGGUCCGUGCCCAGCGCUGCCCGGCUCCGGGCCCCUCCGCUGCCCUCACAGCCCUCACACCGCCGCGGGGUCCGUGCCCAGCGCUGCCCGGCUCCGGGCCCCUCCGCUGCCCUCACAGCCCUCACACCGCCGCGGGGUCCGUGCCCAGCGCUGCCCGGCUCCGGGCCCCUCCGCUGCCCUCACAGCCCUCACACCGCCGCGGGGUCCGUGCCCAGCGCUGCCCGGCUCCGGGCCCCUCCGCUGCCCUCACAGCCCUCACACCGCCGCGGGGUCCGUGCCCAGCGCUGCCCGGCUCCGGGCCCCUCCGCUGCCCUCACAGCCCUCACACCGCCGCGGGGUCCGUGCCCAGCGCUGCCCGGCUCCGGGCCCCUCCGCUGCCCUCACAGCCCUCACACCGCCGCGGGGUCCGUGCCCAGCGCUGCCCGGCUCCGGGCCCCUCCGCUGCCCUCACAGCCCUCACACCGCCGCGGGGUCCGUGCCCAGCGCUGCCCGGCUCCGGGCCCCUCCGCUGCCCUCACAGCCCUCACACCGCCGCGGGGUCCGUGCCCAGCGCUGCCCGGCUCCGGGCCCCUCCGCUGCCCUCACAGCCCUCACACCGCCGCGGGGUCCGUGCCCAGCGCUGCCCGGCUCCGGGCCCCUCCGCUGCCCUCACAGCCCUCACACCGCCGCGGGGUCCGUGCCCAGCGCUGCCCGGCUCCGGGCCCCUCCGCUGCCCUCACAGCCCUCACACCGCCGCGGGGUCCGUGCCCAGCGCUGCCCGGCUCCGGGCCCCUCCGCUGCCCUCACAGCCCUCACACCGCCGCGGGGUCCGUGCCCAGCGCUGCCCGGCUCCGGGCCCCUCCGCUGCCCUCACAGCCCUCACACCGCCGCGGGGUCCGUGCCCAGCGCUGCCCGGCUCCGGGCCCCUCCGCUGCCCUCACAGCCCUCACACCGCCGCGGGGUCCGUGCCCAGCGCUGCCCGGCUCCGGGCCCCUCCGCUGCCCUCACAGCCCUCACACCGCCGCGGGGUCCGUGCCCAGCGCUGCCCGGCUCCGGGCCCCUCCGCUGCCCUCACAGCCCUCACACCGCCGCGGGGUCCGUGCCCAGCGCUGCCCGGCUCCGGGCCCCUCCGCUGCCCUCACAGCCCUCACACCGCCGCGGGGUCCGUGCCCAGCGCUGCCCGGCUCCGGGCCCCUCCGCUGCCCUCACAGCCCUCACACCGCCGCGGGGCCCGCAGCCACCGCGUGGUUCAACACCGCUCCCACCGCCCCAGCCCAGAGAGAGAGCAGCGACUUACGGUAUCGAUCCGCCUGCCCGGCCUUGCAGCGGUACCAGUUUGCCUUUUACUGAGCGCAAAAGUAAAUGUUGAUCGAGAUUGCUGCAUGUAA